AGCUUCCCUCUCCCAAAUCUCCACAAUUGUAUUUGAUUUUGUUAAAACUCAAAAACCCAUUCAGUUGGCAGUAGACAUUUUUACUUCCCUCCAGAAAUUCCCAAUUUUUCCUCCCUAAAUCCCAAGCUUUCCUCCCCAAGUAGACCUAAGUGUUUCACCCCUCUCCCAAAUCUACAAAAUCUAUAAUUGAUUUUGAUAAAACUAAAAAACCUAAGUGCUUCGAUAUUUCCAUGUUCUUCUUCUAAAUUAUUCUAUCCUUCUUUAUCUUUCAGUUUUUCUUUCUUGUCUAAAGCUCGAAAUCUCUUCUUCAUCCCCAAAAUUUGUAAAAUCGGGCACAAGGAUGCCAAAGCGUAAACAAAUCAAUCUUGUAAAGGUCUGGCCAAACAACCAAAUUGAGGAUGGUUUGCCCUCUUCUCCAUCCAUAAACAAUGAGGUUGAACCAAGCCAACAACCUGCUCCAUCUAGAAAUAAUGAGGCACCAUCUCCACCACCUAAAAAGCCAAGAGGUCCAACAUUGAUGUCCCACAUAUGGGAGUUGGAAGAAGGUGUCAAGGUCAACAUCGUAUUUGAUGCAAAUUGUCACCCAGUUGGUAAAGAAGGCUACACCUUGACUCGAUUCCUUGGUACUAUUGCAAGAAAAUCAAUUGCACCUAUUAGCUACAUGGAAUAAAGGGAUAUGUCUCAAAUUUAUAAAGAUAAAAAGUGGAAGAUUAUUGAGGUAAAAAAAAAAGGUUUAUUAUUUUAAUAGAUUAGUAACCUGGUGCAAAUUUGGUAUAUUACUUCUUAUUUUAUAGAUUUAAGUGAUAUGCUUUUGAGAUGUAAGAUCAUAUUUUUGGGAGUAAGUUCUGUUGUGGAUGCCUCUAAAUACAAGUUUAUAAUACAUUUUUCAGUUUUUA